GUGUAUACUUGUCCGCCAACUGCCGUUUGCCUGACACGGCUUCUAUUCGACGUCGAUAAAUAUUCGAGGUUCGAGCGCCAACGUGCAGUCGCGUGGGAAGAUAACAAGCUCGUGAUCCGGCAGCUUUGCGUAAAAUACCGGUUAAACGCGACUAAAAAUCUACAACAGAAAUGCCUCCCAGAAAGACCAAGUUGAAGGAGGAAGUGGCGACUGAGGCUGCAGUUGAAAAUACCGACGCAUCUCCUCCAAAAAGGAAGAGAGAAAAGAAAGUUCUCACAGAAAAGGUUGAAGAUGUUAGGGAACCUCGUUUUCCAAGGGCGGCGAAAAAUAAGAAACCCGAAGUCACACCAGAGGAGCCGGUAAAAACGAAAGCGUCAGCUAAAAAAAAUGAAGCAGCUCCAAAGAAAACAUCGGCUAAAUCCAAAAAAGCCAAGGAUGCUGACGAAGAUGAGCCAAUGGAUGAGGAAGAGGGUGACGCCGUAGAUGAACCUGAAGUUCCAAAGAAAAAGGCUCGUGGAAAGGCCGCGGCGAAAAAGGCGGACGCUGAUGAACAGCCAGAAGCAACAACUAAAACGAGUAGUGUAAAAACGAAAAAAAAAGCAACCGCCGAUAAACCAAGCAAAGAGGAGGAAGUCAGUGAGUCUAAGAAAAAAAAGAAAACCAAAGCAACUGCUCCUGCUAAAAAAGGAAGAGGCAAAAAAGCUGCCAAGGAAACUGAGGAUGAAGCAGAGGAGGAAAAUGCCGAGACAAGUGAAAAGGAGGAUGAAGAAGAGUCUGCUGAAGUAGAGGAAAAUGGAAAUGCACAAGAAGUUGUUGAAAACGGUGGCAGCGAAACAAGCGAAGAUAAAGAAACAAAAAAGAAAACAAAGAGCAAAUCUGCCGCCAAAAAGGGAAGUGAACCCGCUGCUAAGAGUAGCACUGAAACUGCAGAUGAUCAAGAAGGUGUUGAAUCUGAAUAGUAAUGUUUUUAUUUUUAAAAUCUUGAUUUUUUAAAAAUUAAAGAACUGCGACCUUUUUUUACGUUUCUAAAUAAACUAUUCACCAUUUAAAUAACACGCGGGGACACAGAACUUUGUUUAGCUCUAUAAACAACUUUUUUCAUGAAGAUUUUCUUAAAAGAAAAAACAAAAAAAGGAAAAAAAAAAAAAAAAAGAAAAAUAUUUAAAUUAUAAUUGUUCCAAAACCCUUGUGGAUAUUUACUAUUUACAUCUAUAAGGAAUGUAAUGUGUAUAGUUUCAUUGCUCUGUGUGAUUUUUGAAAUACAAUACUUUGUGUAUUAUUUUAUAUUCCUAACUAUAAAAGUAGUUAUAGAUGUAGACAUCUUUAUAUCCUAAAAUCCGAAACAUCGGAUCUAUCAAUAAUACGACCUUAAUUUUUCACAUUUGUCGCGUGUCAAUUUUCAUCAAAGGACUAAAUAAAAAACAAUUUUUGUGACGCGAGCACUUUAAAAGUAAUUCCAAGCUCAUGUAAUAAGUUUUCAAAACCGAAAGUGCCGAAACUAUGUCAAAAGAAAAAAAAAAAUGGUACUUAUCGUAUUUUAAUUAGUCCUUAAGAUUUUACAGAAAAAUGUUGAUAAAAUGCCCAUUCCUAAAAUAUUGUUAAUCUGGUUGUAUUCAUUUCAUAUGACAUAAUUCCCAUCAGAUUUGUAAAAAUUACAAGACAUAGAAAAAUCAAAUAUUAAGUUUUCUUUUAUUUAAUUUUUCUAGUAGAAAGUAAUAUAAAUUUUUUUCAAACCUUUUUUUUGUUAUAUUUUAAACUAUAGAAGAACUAGAUAAAUCGAUAAUAAGCAAAAAUGUUUUGUUUUUUGUUAUUUUUAUAGUGUUCGUGUAGAAUUAAACUAGUUUAAAAACUAGUUUAUAGAAAAAGAUAUUUAAUGACUUUAAAGGUCUGAUAGAACCUAAGUGUGGAAGAUUAAAAACUUUUUCUUAAAUUUUAAAACACUUGCAUUAUUUUGUAGCAAAAUAUAAAAUUCACAAUGAACAAUACAAUUGUAACCAUCGUUUUUAAAAUAUAGUUUUAAUAAAAUUAUACUAACCAGAA